AUGGCUCCGAUUCCUUACGCAUACCAAAUGGUAUCCAGAAGACAUGUCACACCCAGAGAAGAAGCUGUUCUCAAACUGGAUAUCAUGAUCCAAGUCUUUGGCUGCCUUUCAUUCUUCACCAAAUAUCGCGACCAAGGCAUGAAAGAAGACCUCAAUCUGCACGGCAACGAAUUGAACUACAUAGAAGCGAUCUUCUUGCACCGCCAUAAUACCAGCUUGCUACUGGCUAACGCGCACUCGAAUCAACAUCGCGCUACCGACCCUGGAAGUCGGAUGGGGACUCUUCACAUUCGGCUGUGA